AUGAUCAGAUUGGUCUAUGCGUGUCGCUUCAAAAAAAGCAGCGUUUUCAAAACCAGUGUGAGACUGUUAAAACGUAUUAAAGUUAGUCCUCUAAAGGAUGGGAUUAUCAGAAAAAACAUUUGGAAGGCACAGGGGAAGGUGACUUUGGAUGAUGCCUUGCAGCACUUCACCAAAUCGGAGCUGUUUUUUCUCUUUUUCGUUCCAUUCACCUUUGUGUCUGCAUAUAUUGUCGCCAUGUGGACCCUCUUUAAGUAUAUCUGUGACAUUAGAGAUAUUGAACACUUCAUCAGGAAGGCGCGCUGGCUGAAUGGGAAGGAGCCGUACCCCUUUGAGUACCUGCGGGCGGAGCGCAGAGCGAGGAGCCUAGAGGGGAGCCAACCCGUCAUCCUGGCGGUGAAGAAAUUCGAGUAG